AAUCAAAAAUAAAAAUAAAAAAACAAACCAACAGAUCUGUCUCUUCUCCAUUUUCGAAUCCCUAAUCCUCUUCUCCCAUCGCCCCUUAAAGCCUCACGCCCCACCUGAAACCAUCUUCUUCACGAGCACAACUCAAAAGUUCGUUUCUUUUUUAAUUGGUGACUUCAUUUCUUUUACUGAGUCGUCGUCCAUGGUGGAUUUCUUUGUUUGUUCAGUUUCGGUGAAACGGUUGUUGUCGAGUUUGCAAUUGUUUUAGCGAAAAUGGAGAGUAAACUUGAUUCGAGUUCUGUUUCGGGUCAAUCGUUGACGGCUUUGCGAUCCGAAAAGGUGAUUGGCGGGAAGCGCAAUAUUGAUGAAUGGGGAGACAAAGAAGAACACGUUCGCAAGCGGAUCAAAAUGCGAGAUCUUGAAUCUGUGUUGAGGUCCGAAGGAAUCAGUACUCACUGCUCUCAGAAAGACAAGUUUUCUUGUGAUGAAUUGCAGUCAGCCAAAGAGGAGAUGUCACAGGUGACCGACGUACCUGUAACUUUGGAUUUAGAGGCUUCUCAAGUGGAAAGAAGUGGAAGGGACACAUUCCCAGUGGUAGUUGACCCUGUUCCUAGACCACUAGAUCUCAAUACUGAAGUUUCUCUAGCCAAGAAUUCAGUAGAUGAUGUGAAUUUAAAAUUUGCUGGGAAGUCUGACAAGUUAAACUUGCUCUCAAAGCAAGAAAGCGAACAUGAUAUUAGAUCUCCAGCCUUUGGUGGGGUAGGCUUAGAUCUCAAUGCUGAAGAUGUUUCGAGUUCAGAAUACCAAGAAACUUCUUAUGGUGACUGUAAGAACAAUAAAUUAAAGUCAGUAGAAGUUCCCGAGUGUGGGAGUACUAAUGGUUCCCAAGAGGAGAAGGACUCAUUGACAAUUUGGAAGGAGAUGAAGCAAAAUGGAUUUCUCUCAUCUUCUCAUGGAGGCUUGGUAGCACAAAGUGGUUUUCUCUCAUCUUCUCAUGGAGGGAUACCAGUGCCAAAGCAACGUGGCAGGAAAAGCAAAAUUGAUAAAAAGAGACUCGAGCUUGCAAAGAAAGAACAGAUAGACAGGUUUGCAAAAAUAGCUGCUCCCAGUGGACUGCUCAAUGAAUUGAAUCCUGGGAUUAUUAACCAUGUGAGGAAUAGAAAACAGGUCCAUUCUAUCAUAGAGGCCCUAGUAAGAUCUGAAAAGCUUGAAAAUGGUCAUGUUGGAAGGAAACAAGCUAGCUAUCUGGUAAGUGGCACUAAAGAAACUAGUAACCGAAAGGAAAAGGAAACUGUGAAUGAUUCAGGAACACAUGGAAUGGGAUUUUCUACUGGAGAUGGGAAGUUAGCUACAUUAUCUGUGGGCCAGCGGAAAAUAGGGUACCCUACAUCAAGUGGAGAUGGUAAUUCAAGCAUGGCAGGCAGGGCUCUUGAUAGAGAUUGUAUCCCAAACUCAAACACUGUUAGGGAUGAUGAUAUGCUUGCUCUAAAGUCGUCAACUUCCAUGAGGGCAUCUGAGAAUGCUAGUUCUAUGUUUAAUGAGGAAUCAACAAAUAUUACCAGUGUUUCUUCGCUCUCAGUAAAAGCUGCUACUGUUGCUUCUCAGUGGCUGGAACUUAUGCAUCAAGACCUUAAAGGACGCCUUUCAGCAUUGCGACGUAGUAAAAAGAGGGUUCGAGCUGUAAUCACUACAGAACUGCCCUUUUUAUUAUCAAAAGAGUUCUCAUCAAAUCAAGAGAAUGACCCUUUUACUUUGAAAAGUUCAGCUGAUGGAUUGUCAAUUGAUGCAAUCACUGCAAUGCAUCAAGCAAGGUGGAACACACUGUUUGAUCAGAUGGAUAAAACACUUUCAGAAGAAGAAAUUCAACUUGAAAGCUGGUUGAACCAAGUAAAAGAAAUGCAACGGCUUUGCGAACAGGGAUUGCAACAUAUGCACUGGAAUAUAGGUUUUGAUUCUCAACCGCCUGGAACAUUGGAAAGUGACUCCAGAGCUAUGAAAGUAGAUUGUUCGGGAAGGGAAUUGGCUGUUCGUGCAGCUGCAGCUUCUAUCUAUUCAACAUGCAAUUUUCUGAUGUCAAAGGAGAACUUACCUUGUUUCUGAUCAAAUUAACCGAGCUCGCGCUCCCAUUCAAUCUUAUUAUUUUACUGGCCUUGAAACAUGUCUUGUGCAAUAGGAAGUAGUGUUUAGGUCAGUCUGAUAUGGCCAUGUUGACUUGUGAAUUUUGAAAUAUGAGAGAGGUGGGUUUUUUUCCCCAAAAGUUAACAAAUUUGUCAGCUGAAUAAGUGCACUGCCAGAAUCUGAUUGUUUUAGAAUCUCAGUUGCAUAAGAAAGAUGAGAGAUUCACUCUUGAUCAAGUAUAGUGGUUGUAUUAAUGGAUUCAUGCAUUUCUCUUUGCUCA